UCAUGCCUGCUGUUAAAACCACCGUUUCUACUCUACCCUCAGAAUACUUCACAUGGGGCAGUGCCAUCUGAUGCCUACAGCCUUUUAUUGAAACAUCUCAGAGGACCCGUUAUUGAUCAAAUGGAGGGCACGUUUCCAUCAGAAAACACUUCGUCCACCACCUGUAACUUCUCCCUCUGCCCGACUGCUGCAACGUUACAUUUCCUUCCCUCCUUCUAUGCGCUCCUCUUCCUCACCGCCCUCCCAGGGAAUGCACUCGCUCUCUGGGUGUUCCUGCGGUGCAUCUCCAACUUCUCCCCCAUCCACAUGUAUCUGUGCCACCUGAGUAUAUCCAAUCUGUUGUUGUCCAUCACCACGCCCUUCCUCGCAGCCUACUAUGCUGAAGGCUUGGUCUGGGGUCUGAAUGAUGUCCUGUGUCAGCUCGUCCUGCACGGCAUUACCCCGGUGCUCCACAUUAACAUCUACAUAAGCUUAAUGAUGCUCACUUGGGUGGCCCUCAGCCGCUUUGCGUCCCUAAUCCAGAACACCCACGCCUCGAGGCCCAGCGCCUGCACCACCCUGCUGCCACACGCCUUCUUCGCUAGCCUCAAAAAAGUGUCCUUCGCCAACGUCGUGUGCAUAACGGUGUGGCUAAUGUCAGUGGGGAGCAUAGUGCCAGUGACUGUUUAUUACGCAGUGCACGAGGCUAUGAACCAAACCACCAAAAAUGACAAAUCAGGACGUGGGAAGGUGUGCUACAGCCCUGCUGUGGAACUCGGAGGCCGUCUGUCUCAAACUGCCACUGUGGUCAUUACAGCCUUCUUCUUUGUUUUGUACCUGCUGGUGCUGCUGUCCUACGUCACGGUGCUGAGGCAUAUCCGGCGCUCACGUCGCAACACACCAGUCACAACCUCCCAGAGACUGCUGAGCAGGGUGUUCCGAAACAUUGUGGUCAUCCAGGUCAUUCUUUCUGUUUGCCUUCUGCCGCACCAUAUCUUCAAACCCAUCUUCAUUUCUCUGGUCCAUGAAACUCCCCUUCAAUGUUCCCCCACCAAAGAAACUUCCAGUUGCCACCCAUUCUCCGGCAUUAUCGAGCUGAAGAACUGCCUGUUUCUUCUUGCUGCACUGAGAAGCUCAACUGACCCCAUCAUGUACUAUGUGCUGGACAGGACGUUCCGCAAUGAAACCCUCAAACUUUUAAGGUGGAACCAGAAAAACUCCACAACACUGCAGAUGUUCUGCUCAGGUACAGGAAGUGCCACUCCGAAGUCCGAACAGCAGAAGGAGGAAACCGCAGUUUCUGGCACUGUGGAGUUCAGUCAUGCAAGUGUUAUAUAGUUAAUAAUACUCAUCUUUUGACUGCAUGGGAAAGCAAAUGUACGAAAGUUUCUACUUACAAAGCAGCUCAUGAAAAAACCCGAGCAGUGAGUAGGAGAAAGGCAGUGGCACAACACUUCCCUUUUCACAAGUCUGUAUCAUUACUACAACUCAAAGCAAGAAGUUUUUGGUCAGUUUGAGUAACACAGUCAGUUUCUACCAAAUACACCAGGACUGUAUUCACAGUCUAAAUUUCUCUCUUGUGCAGCUUUAAUCCAAGUUUUCAUUUAAAUGAUGUCCUCGUUGUGUCUGAUAGUAUCUUAUUACUUCACAAAGAAAUCAGCAUAUCAGACACGCGCUGACCAAACGUUAACAGUUAAAGCUCAAUGUCCUCUGUGCAGUGGUCUUUUAAUAUCAGACAUCAGCACUCGCCACUGGCCACGCGUGCUCUGUCCUGCUGUAGCUUCAGCCAUUGCUCGGUUGUGAGACUGCAGGACUGCACUAAAAUAACAGAGCACCAAGAACAUGUCAGACCGUCAGGCCCUGAAAACUAAACGAAAAUAUUUUUAAAAAGUUAAGACUUUAAAAGAACUGCACACAUACACACAUGCAUUAGUUGAACCUGAGGAAUAAACUAAAGAAAUUCCAAAUUUCAUUUUCCUGUAUUAUCUGGUCGGACCACCUGUGACAAUGGAGCAGCCUAAAGUAGCUUUCAGUUAAAUAUGGAUACUUGGGAUGUGGUGUUACUGUUGUUUGUGAAGCUCUGUGAAUUACACUCCUUUGCUUUGUGAUAUCCUUACUUGUGUUUAUUUUAAAUGAAGUCUCAGUAUAUUGAAGUUAAAGUACUCUGUGCCUCCAGCUGCAUUGUUUCUUUCUCUUUCUCUCUGUAACCGCUUCUACACAUUCACACUCUGGUCCUACUUACA